AUGAAGAGUCAACAAACAGUCUGUAGUGCUAAGGAAGCAAUCGCCAUACAAAAGAGCGCGAUAGCACUGGGUAUUGGGGAGGAGCAGCCGAUUCCUAUUUACACAGACAGCGAGUCAUCGAUGAAGAACAUUGCAAAGCGAGGGUAUUCGCAGGUAACCAAGUGGAUUGACAACCGCUAUCUAGGAACCAAGGACCUCUAUCGCAAGGAAGUCAUCAAACUGAUGCAUAUCGACGGUAAAGCGAACCCCGCGGACGGACUCACUAAGCCGCUGAAAAACGGCGAUUUCCACGCGUUUCGGACGAUGAUACGCGUCAUGAAGAUGGAAAAGGAUUGA